AUGUUCUAUGACACCAGUGACUUCCGCUUCACCAGCAGCUCACCAAAUGAGAACACCAGAUGUCGCCAGUUUGUGCUGGCUGCGGUAAAUGGCACCAACACGUUCCUGCUAGUGACUCCAAAGGGCUGUCCCACUGGGCUGAGUGCUGGAGGGAGCUGUUUGUGUGCAGAUUCCUGUACCCUGUGUGACAAGUUCCUGGCCUUCUGUCAGUGUCCAUGCUCCUGUGGUGCCCAGGGUUAUGACCAGUGUGCCAACACAUACACACAAGUCCAGUCAGAUAUGGUUUGUCCUGUCCCUCCCAUCAAAGCUCCUAAGCAGACAGUGGCAGAGCCCAGUCUGAAGCUACCUGAGUGUAAACCACAGUGCAGUACCAGAUCAAACAAGACUUCCUGCGAGGCACUUGGCCACUGUACCUGGUGCAACAGAAUGAACUAUCACCAUUUCCCAGUUUGUACUGAGAUAUGCCCUGAUGAGAUGGAAGUGUUUUUCCCCUGUGCUGACUUCACUGCAAUGUCUGAAUCUGACAGGAAGGAACUUUUGGAGAACUUUUUUGGAAAACUCAAAUCAGUCCUUCCUGGAAAUAUCAGCAGUAGCAAUGUUUUCCCACCCCAUAACUUUACCAAGGUUUGUUAUAAUCUGAAUUUAUAG